AUGGCUACCAACAUCACAUGGCACCCCUCUCUCUCGCGCCAUGAGCGCAACCAGCUCCGCGGCCAGCGCGGCUUCACCAUGUGGCUGACCGGCCUCUCCGCCUCGGGCAAGUCUACCGUUGCUACCGCUCUCGAGCAGCAUCUGCUGCACCUGGGAGUUGCUGCCUACCGUUUGGAUGGCGACAAUGUCCGCUUCGGCCUCAACAAGGACCUCGGUUUCUCCGAGAAAGACCGCAACGAGAAUAUUCGUCGCAUCGCAGAGGUUGCCAAGCUAUUCGCCGAUUCCUCAACGGUUGCUAUCACCUCUUUCAUCUCCCCCUACCGUGCCGAUCGUCAAGUAGCGCGCGAGCUGCACGCUCAGGCCGGCCAGACCAACGAUGAUGCCAUCCCCUUUAUCGAGAUCUUUGUCGACGUGCCCCUCGAGGUCGCUGAGCAGCGCGAUCCUAAGGGGCUUUACAAGAAGGCGAGAGCCGGGGAGAUCAAGGACUUCACCGGCAUUUCUGCUCCCUACGAAGAGCCUUUGAACCCCGAGAUCGUGAUCAGAACCGACAAGUCAAGUGUCGAGGAGUGCGUAGCACAGAUUGCCGACUGGUUGAUCAAGGAAGGUCUCAUUUCCACGAGCAAAACGGCCUAA